AUGUUUGUGCUAAAACAUUUGUUACAUUUCGGAAAUGUUAAAGAUCAUUUAAUGAUUCUAUUUGGUAUUUUUGCUGCAGCUGUUUAUGCUAUAGGUCAUUUACUAUUUGUUCGACUAUUUGGUGAAUUAGUUAGUUUAUUUGUUUCACGUGUGUCUACUGUACAAUGUUUUGACUACGAUCCCGUCAAACAGACCUCAAAUAACACUUUAGAUAAAGAGACAUUUCAUAAGAAUGUGAGUGCGAAAGUGACUCAACUUACAGUUAUUAGUCUCGUUCAAAUUGUGACUAGUUAUCUUAAGUAUGUUUCUUGUGAUUUAUCUGCAGCUCGGUUGGCAAAUCACAUGAGAGCAAGACUUUUACAAGCUACGUUUGCUAUAAAUAUUUCAUACUUUGAUACUACAGAUAUAUCAAUCAACAAUCUAUUCGAAAAUAUUGCUACCGUGCAGUCCGGCAUCGGAUGGACAAGUUCCGUGACAUUAAGUGCGAUCAUUUUUGUUAUCGGAAGUCUUAUUCUUGCAUUGUUCACCGACUGGAAACUAACACUGAUCGUCAUUAUCGGAGAGCCACUGAGUGCGGGCGCAGCGUAUAUGUUAUCUAAAUUAACAGCACGAACAACUAUUCUAGAAUUGGAGUCUUAUGGGAGUGCAGGACAAGUUGCACAAGAAGUUCUUUCAGCUUUUCGAACAGUUACGGCAUUCAAUGCACAACAAAAUGAACAAAAUCGAUAUGCAUCGAAGUUAAAAUACAAUACGAAAUACGCACUUCGAAAAGGUCUUAUCUAUGGGUUUUAUGUUGGCGCACUCAUGAUUUUUACUUAUUGGACAACGGCCCUCGGUUUCCUAGCUGGAAUAUGGCUAAAAUCAACAGGAAAACAUCCCACACUUGAUAUUAGUCAAAUCGUCGUGGUCGUAACAUGUAUGACGGAAGCGUUACAGUUUUUUGGCUAUCUCGCUCCAAGUUUAAAAGCAUUUUUUGACGCGUGUAAUGUUGCCGAUCCGAUUAUUCGAUACAUCGAAGGUGCAAAGAUCAAUCAAACUGAAAUAUCAGAUAGAAAAUCUUUGAAAAGAUUGGAAGUAACUCAACCCGUUGAUAUUGUUUUUGACGAUGUCUCAUUCUCUUAUCCAAAUCGUCAGCAAGAAUUAGCAUUAAAGAAUGUCAGUUUCCAAGUCAAAGCUGGUGCAGCUGUCGCGCUCGUCGGCAGUUCAGGCAGUGGUAAAAGUACAUGUGUUCAAUUGUUACUUCGCUUUUACGAUCCAACCAAAGGACGUAUCAAUAUCAAUGGUCAUUCAAUUAAAGAUUAUGAUAAGAAGAAUUUACGUGAAAUCAUUGAGGCAGCUAAACAAGCUAAUGCGCAUGAUUUCAUCAUGAAACUUCCACAUAAAUAUGACACAUUAGUUGGUGAGCGAGGUGUACAAUUGAGUGGUGGACAACGACAACGUAUUGCUUUAGCACGAGCUCUUAUUCGUCAACCAAGUUUACUCUUACUUGAUGAAGCAACAAGUGCAUUGGAUUCGUCGAGCGAAAAACUUGUCCAAGAAGCACUUGAUCGCGCUGUUCAAGGUCGAACAACGAUUAUUAUUGCCCAUCGACUAUCAACAAUUCGUUAUGCUGAUUGGAUCAUAGUUAUGAAAGACGGUUCGAUAGCUGAACAAGCAACAAAUGAAUCAACGGAGAGCAACGAUGAUAUAUUGACCAAUACAGAAGAGAUUGUGACUGAACUUCCACAGGUAUGUAGUACAUAUCGUGUGUCUCAGUGUAACGCAUCGAAUUCCUUCUAUACAUUGGCGAAAUUAUUUAAACUGAACGUACCUGAAUGGCCGUAUCUAUUGGUUGUUUGUUUAACUGGAAUAUUAUGUGGUGCAUCUUAUCCAGCUUUCGCCUAUUCCUUAGGCGAAACUAUUAAUAAUGUCCGAUUUCAGCUUGGAUCACGACUGACCAAUCGAAUACGAACAAAAGCAUUUGGUUGGUAUGACCAACCUGAGAAUAAUAUUGGUGCACUCUGCGGACGUCCUUCUACCGACGCAUUAGCCAUUCAAUCGUUAACUAGCGCUCGACUUGGCCUACUGAUUGAAUCGUUAUCACUUUUGGUGAUUGCAUUAAUUAUCGGAUUGAUAUUUUCAUGGCAAUUGAUAUUAGUUGUCUUUGGCCUAAUUGUAUUUGAAAUGACUUUUGCUAUUCUGGAAGUUCGAAGAAAAAGCAAAGUACAAACUUUGAUUGAAACAGCAUUUGCAAAUGCUAAUGAAGUUCUNUCUUCUUCAAAUAUGAUUGUCUCAAUAAUUCGAAGUCAAGAACCGAUUCUUUUUGCAACAUCGAUAAGAGAAAACAUCAGCCAUGGUAAAGAUAACUCAACAUUCGACGAAAUCAUUGAGGCAGCUAAACAAGCUAAUGCGCAUGAUUUCAUCAUGAAACUUCCACAUAAAUAUGACACAUUAGUUGGUGAGCGAGGUGUACAAUUGAGUGGUGGACAACGACAACGUAUUGCUUUAGCACGUGCUCUUAUUCGUCAACCAAGUUUACUCUUACUUGAUGAAGCAACAAGUGCACUGGAUUCAUCGAGCGAAAAACUUGUCCAAGAAGCACUUGAUCGCGCUGUUCAAGGUCGAACAACGAUUAUUAUUGCCCAUCGUCUACCAACAAUUCGUUAUGCUGAUUGGAUCAUAGUUAUGAAAGAUGGUUCGAUAGUUGAACAAGGUUCACAUGAUGAUCUAAUAGCAAUGAACCAAUCUUAUUAUGAACUAGUCAAUCAGCAACAAGUGAACUUGAGUAUUACCGAGAUAUCGAAAGAAAUGAAUCAACGGAUUGAUAAUCACACACCUGUGGUGGAUAAUGAUGAUAUAUCAAUCAAUACAGAAGAGAUCGUGACUGAAGUUUCACAAGUAUGUAAUACAUAUCGUGUGUCUCAGUGUAACGAAUCGAAUUCCUUCUAUUCAUUGGUGAAAUUAUUUAAACUGAACGCACCUGAAUGGCCGUAUCUAUUGAUUGUUUGUUUAACUGGAAUAUUAUGUGGUGCAUCUUAUCCAGCUUUCGCCUAUUCCUUAGGUGAAACUAUUAAUUCAUUUCAACAAUGUUCGAUUUCAGCACAAAUGGAUCGAGUGAUUAUUUUCACUCGAAUCAUCUUUCUCCUGGGCAUUGUUAGUUGUAUUAUUCGUGUCAUUCAUUACGUAUGUUUGGCUCUAGUUGGAUCACGACUGACCAAUCGAAUACGAACAAAAGCAUUUGGUUGUAUGCUACGUCAAGAAGUUGGUUGGUAUGAUCAACCUGAGAAUAAUACUGGUGCACUCUGCGGACGUCUUUCUACCGACGCAUUAGCCAUUCAAUCGUUAACUAGCGCUCGACUUGGUAUGUUGAUUGAAUCCUUAUCACUUUUGGUGAUUGCAUUAAUUAUCGGAUUGGUAUUUUCAUGGCAAUUGAUACUAGUUGUCUUCGGGUUAAUUUUAAUUCAGAUGAUUUUUGCUAUUUUGGAAAUUCGAAGAAAAAGCAAAGUACAAACUUUGAUUGAAAGAGCAUUUGCAAAUGCUAGUGAAGUUCUGACUGAGAGUGUACGCAAUCUUCGUACAGUUUUUCAACUCAAUAGGCAAGAACACAUAUUAAACAAAUUUCAGCAUAUCCUCGAUGAAAUUUACAAUAUUACACGUCUGAGUACGUAUAAAGGUGGUGUACCAUUUGCAUUGUCGUUUCCGAUUGCUACAUUGAUCUUACCGUGUCUCACGCAGUUAGCUGUCACUCUUCUUGACAGAGAUCUAAUCGAUGUAGAACGGAUCGUCUUAUUAUUUGCGUUUGUGCCGUUUACUUUCGACGUUAUUCAAGUGACGACAACGAUAUCCUCUGACUUAGCUGGAACAACAGCAGCAGCGAAUCAUAUCAAUCAAUUGUUUGAACGCAUUCCGUUAAUUGAUAAUAUGGCAACGAGUGGCAAAACAAUUGAGAAUUUUUCAGGAUCAAUUCAAUUUGAUAAUGUUACUUUUUCUUAUCCGACACGAAGAUUAGUUAAAGUACUCGACGCUUUUCAAUUGACGAUUCAACCUGGACAAAGUGUUGCUUUUGUUGGAUCAAGUGGAUGUGGUAAAUCAACAAUGGCACAGUUACUCGAACGAUUUUAUGAUAGUAGCCAAGGACGUGUUUUACUCGAUGGUCAAGAUAUAAGAACAUUAAAUAUAGCAUGGCUACGCUCUCAAAUUGGGAUUGUUAGUCAAGAGCCUUCACUAAUCUUAGGUCUUUCAAUAGGAGAAAAUAUCUCUUAUGGUUGUUUACCAAAUACAUUCGAUCGAACAGAUAUCAUCGAUGUAGCUAAACGAGCGCAUUGUCACAAGUUUAUCGAACUGUUACCUCAAAAUUAUGAUACGCUUGUUGGUGUGAAUGGUGCAUUUUUCUCUGGAGGUCAAAAGCAACGCAUAGCGAUAGCUCGAGCCCUAUUUCGAAAGCCGAAAAUUUUGAUUUUGGAUGAAGCAACGAGUGCAUUGGAUCUGGUGGAAGAAUCAUUGAAUGCCGCCAGACAAGACGAUCCAUCUCGAACUGUCAUUGUCGUUGCUCACCGUUUAUCAACUAUUCAGUCGUGUGAUCUUAUUUGCGUUCUUGGUCCGAAUGGACGCUUCUUAGAAAGUGGCACACACAACGAAUUAAUGGCACGUGGUGAUGCAUAUUACAGAUUUGUACACGAUCAUGUGAUAUAA